GACGUGCCCCAAUCCCUCUCCCCCUUCAGGACGUGCCCCAAUCCCUCUCCCCCUUCAGGACGUGCCCCAAUCCCUCUCCCCCUUCAGGACGUGCCCCAAUCCCUCUCCCCCUUCAGGACGUGCCCCAAUCCCUCUCCCCCUUCAGGAUGUGCCCCAAUCCCUCUCCCCCUUUCUCCUCUCUCCCAUACCUCCCCACCCUGCCCCGCCCGGAGUCACUUUUGAGAAUUCUCAAAAGUGCCUCCCCACCCUCCCCCACCCGGAACACGGUCAACGUGACGAGGUGGUUUCAGGACAACCUGAAGCUGAAGGAAGAGGACUCAGACUUACUCUUCCCUCUCUCCCCUCUUCCCACCCCCUCUCCCCCCACCCCCCCCCUCCCCCCCUCUCCUACUCCCCUCCCCCUCUCCUACUCUCCUACCCCCCUCCCCCCCUCUCUCCCUCCCUUCCUCUCCCCCCCUCCCCCUCCCAGAACAUGGUGAACGUGACCAGGUGGUUCCUGGAGGACCUGCAGUUGAAGGAGGAGGACUCGGUCGUGGUGAAGAUGGAUAUAGAGGGGUGGUUGCUAGAGGACCUGCAGUUGAAGGAGGAGGACUCGGUCGUGGUGAAGAUGGAUAUAGAGGGGUACGAGUGGGAGAUACUGCAGCACUGGAUCUCCAACCCCCGCAUGGCAGCGAUCGUAGACGAGCUGUUUGUCGAGGUGCAUUAUCACCAUCCGAGCAUGACGGAAUUUAUGUGGACUGAGGAAUAUUUCAUCCACACACGUGAGGAUGCGACGAGGUUGCUGACUGACUUGAGAAAGGCCGGUUUCUACGUGCAUCCCUGGCCGUAG